AUGCUGCGUUCGCUGCUGACGCUGCUCGUUUUGUCGCCGGCCUUGGCACACCCGCGGCGACUGGGGAAGACGCCCUCCUUCGACUCCAGCAGUGCCAGGGAGACGCCAACGAACUUCAGCAUGGUCUCCCGCGUCUACAUUCCCUACAACACCUCGGAUCAGGCGUUGGCAUUCGGCAUGGGUGCGGCCGAGCAGGUCGCCUACGACCACGUGCAGAAGUAUGCUUACGCCGUCUCGGAGCAGGGAGUGCUCAAUGUCAUCGACUGGAACGACGUGGCCAAUCCUCAGGUCCUGUCCAACUAUGCCUUUGACUUCAACGGCGCCAAGCUGACGGACAUCGAGAUCUGCUCCUCGCAGGGUGUGAUGUUCGUGGGCGCCGGCGCUGCAGACACCGUGAGCAAUGGCCAGGUCCAUAUCCUGUCAACCGUCCAGCGAAGCUCGCCGGCAAAGCCCACGAGCUACGGCACGCUCGCCACGGGGCCGCUGCCAGACAUGAUCUUGCCCAACAGUGACUGCAGCAAGCUGGCCGUGGCAAACGAAGGCGAGGGGGAGUACGAGAGCGAGUUGGUCGAUCCGCAGGGCAGCGUCAUGAUCAUCGAAGCCGCCGAUUGGACCAAUCCCACCGCUGCUGUCACCAAGUCUGUCAGCCUGGCCGGCUACACUGACAGCCAGCUGAUGGACAUGGGCGUGCACCUGCCAUUGCCCCUGGAUGCCAUGGUGUAUUUCGAUGACUAUUCCAAGUGGAAGGAUGAUCUCAACUUUUCCACUGCCCGGGCCUCCUACUCCUCUGCCAUGAUCCUCGGUUGCAGAGUCCUUGCACUCUUCCGGCAGACGCCCGCACGAAGCACCCUCUGA